GGCAGCGGGCGUUGGGCUGUGAGGGGAAGUGGGACUCGUUAGGUUCGUUCCGGACUCGGCGUCCCAUGGCCCAGGGGUCUCGCUCCGGUGGCUUUCUGCCUCCGCUCGCCACCGUGCCGCCGUUUUGGUCACAACCAGAAGGCGCUGUGGAAGAGCAGUGGGAGACAAGGCAGGCGGGCGCUCUCGGCGGGGACUUUCGUGGCUGGCCGCGGCUGCCGGUUGCCGGGAGCAAUCCCUGCCUGAACCCACGGCCCGGCGGAGCUCGGGGAGCGCAGCCGUGGUGGGCUGCGCCGGCGCCAGCAGACGCAGGAGAGCACCGCGAGGCGGGCGCUGCAGACUGGUGGCAGGAGCCGGCAGCCGGCCGCCCCAUUCCUCCCGCGCUGCAGCGUCUCCGGGCCGUGUUGCUGCGGCUGCAUCGUGAGCGGGAGCAGCUCCUUCAAGCCCGGGACUGCGCCUGCCACCUACAGACGGCCGUGCGCCUCCUGAGGAUCCUGAGUCCCAGCGCGACGGCCCUUGGCCCCGGCCCCUUGCCUCAGCUGUGCCGCGACCUGCUGCUGCUGCCUUCCCGUGGGGCUGUCCUGCGAAGCGGCCUACGGGAGACUCCGGAGCCGCUACUCCUGGCGCGUCCCGUUGGACUGGCCGCUCAGCGCCUGGAUGCUGCCAUCGAGAUGCAGCUUCGGGCUCUGGGUCGGGAGCCUGCCAGCCCGGGCUUGUCGUCCCAACUUGCUGACGUGCUCUUGGCACUUCCCGCCUACCACCAGCUGAUGGGAAAAGCCUUGAGCCAAAUUCCGGGGGCAGCGCGCCCUUUCCCACCCCUACGUGUGCUCCACCUCCUGACGGGGGAGCGGGGUUGCCAGGUGGCUGGUCAGCUAGAUGAGGCGCUCAGGGGGUCGGGCUUGCGGGACCACCUCCGAAGUCGGUGCCAGGAGGAGCGGGAGCUGCUGCCCGGGCUGCUGGGGCUGCUGGGGGGUGUGAGUGAUUCAGCCAGCAGUGGACUGGGGCUUGGAGGGGCUGGAGCCCUGUGGAGCCAGUACUGGACCCUGCUGUGGGCAGCUUGUGCUCAGAGUCUGGACCUAAGUCUAGGACCCUGGAGGGACCACAGGGCAGCCGCACAACAACUGAGUCAGGCACUGGGUCAGGCAUCCCUGCCUCAGGAGUGUGAGAAGGAGCUGGCUUCUUUGUGUCGCAACCUAUUUCAUCAGUCCCUUAUCUGGAAUUGGGACCAAGGCUUCUGCCAGGCCUUGGGAUCUGCUGGUGAAGAUCAGAGCAGCCGUCCCUCAUCCUCUCAUACCACUGAACUUUUGCAACAGCUUUUCCCUCCUCUCUUGGAUGCCCUUCAACAACCCAGGUCAGGGCUGCUCCUCUGUCAGCCUCCAGGUGAGACAAAGUACUGGGGAUGGAGGAACAGAACAGUUGAAGAUCCUGCACCCCUUGCUUUAGGGCUCUGUACCCUGCAGACCACCUUGCUCUGGUUUUUGGGUAGAACUCAGCAGCAUCUGGCAGCAUGGGCCCCAGAUUCUUUCCUGCUUCUGAUCCAGAAGGACUUACCUGUGAGUAGCUGGGGAGUGGGCAGGAGAGGAGCCUGGGCUGGGCUGAAAUCUCACUUCCCAUUUCUGCCAAAGCCUCUAUUGCAUGAGGCGGCAGCUCUGUCUAGACUGGCCUCAGAAGAAAGUUUGUCCCUGGAGGUGGAGCAGCAGCUGGGCCUGGAGAUCCAGAAGCUAACUGCACAGAUCCAGCUCCUGCCUGAAGAGUCACUAAGUCUCUUUUUUCAAGAAUGUCAUAAACAAGCCACACAGGGCUUCGAACUCUACAUGCCACGGGGCCGAUACUGGCGGCAUCGUCUGUCUCCUGAACUGCCCAGCAUUCCCAGUGAGUAUGCUGGGUUGGUGGUUCGCACUGUACUGGAGCCUGUGCUGCAAGGAUUGCAGGGAUUGCCGCCCCAAGCCCAGGCCCCUGCCCUUGGCCAAGCACUGACAGCCAUCCUGGGUGCCUGGCUUGACCACAUCCUCAGACACGGGAUCCGGUUCAGCCUGCAGGGGGCGCUGCAGCUCAGACAAGACUUUGGAGUGGUCCGGGAGUUGCUGGAGGAGGAGCAUUGGGGCCUGUCUCCAGAACUUCGACAGUCUCUGCUCACACUCAACAUCUUCCAGAGGCUGGAUGGGGCCCUGCUGUGUCUAUUCCAGCAGCCCCUGCCCAAGCCUGAAGUCCACAGGAGGCCUCCCUGUUGCUGUAUAUGCAAUGAGGUCCAGACCAUGGAAUUGCCCAGCAGCAGCCUCAACAGCUUGGAGAACUUGGAGCCCCCUCUUCGGCCUGGAGCACCCCCAGCCCAGACAGCUCAGCUGCUAAGCACACUAUGGGGAGGGGGGCCUAGCCCAGAGGCUUACCUGGUGGGAAAUCAGCAGGCCUGGCUUGCCCUGAGGCAGCACCAGCGCCCCCGUUGGCACUUGCCUUUUCUUUCAUGCCUGGGGACCAGUCCCGAAUCCUAAGGAACCUGGGAUGCCGAGGCAAAAAUUCAGAGCUCCCCAUCUCUGGCUGGAAAAGCUCAGCCAUUUAGAAGUGCAUGUUAAAGAAGCCUACAUUGGGAGCCUGAAAGAAAGGAUAUCUGAGAACCACAAGCUACAAAGAACCUGAACUUAGAAGCUAAGAAUCCAAGAUCACCCCAGUGCCUGGAGUCCAGAGUAAAGGGCCAAACCACCACAGCCUGGAACCUGGAGGUCAGCAUCCUUGGGAGGCUCAGGCCUAGUUCCCCAACAGUGAAGACAUCUCAGGGCUGGGCCCUAGAAGAAGGGCUAUGGAGUUGGGUCCCUGGGGAAAGGGAAAGAGAAAAAGUUAUAGAAAGCAGAAAGCCUAGAUGCCACUUCCUCUUAAGUCCCAGGAGCCAGGCUAAACACACAAUUCAUCAGGAACCACAGAGGUGGAAUAGGCAUUUCUACAUUUGGAUCAGUCCCAAGGGUUGUUACUAUUCAAAAAAAAAUUUUUUUUUAAUGUUUAUUCAGUUUUGAGAAACAGAGAGCAAGC